AUGGAUACUAUUUCAAGUCAUCCACCCAAUUCAAAACCCACAAAUUUUUCAGUUUUUGAUUUUCAAAAAGAAUAUGAUCAUAAGAAUAAUAUCCGUUCGAAUCACACCACCCUCAACGAGCAGGUGCGCACCCACCAAGCGUCUGCCUCCGAGGCAACCGCUUCGCUUCUCGAGCAAAUGCGUACACACCAAGCGAAUCUCAACGAGCAGUUGCGAACCAACCAGACAACUCUCAACGAGCAAAUAAGAAGCAGUCAGAACUCGCUACAGGAAUCGGCGAGAACCGCUCAAUCUGCAACUUCCACUCGUCUCAAUGAUUUGUCGAGUGAUUUGUUUGAGAGAAUGGCUCAUCUCGAUGCACAGCUAAAGUCGGCUGAGAAUACACUCGAUAAGAAACUCUCUUCUAGUGUAACCUCGACCGAGAGCAGACUCUCCUCUGCUCAAUCCACCUCCGAGCAACGACUAAACUCUUCGUUGUCCGCGCUGGAAUCACAGCUAUCGGUGGCUGAGAGUAACCAAGAUAAAAAGUUGACUUCUCUUUCGAAUUCGUUUGACCAUCGUCUCUCGACUGCUAUCAAUACACUUGACGCCAAGGUCGCUACCUCGGCGACUGUUGUUGGCGCGCGUCUCGACAGUGUAGUGAGCACGCUGAUGCAACGUCUCGAAUCCUACAGAAAGGAACUCAAGUCAGAGUUUGUCUCUACCUCGGACAAGGAAUCGCAGCGCGUCAAUCGUCUCGUUGACAAGAUCACCGGUGACAUGUCGUUGGCGCGUGUCGCUCUCAGCGAUGAACUCUCAAAGCUUCGCGAGACAAUAGAGAGCGUCGCCAAGCGCGAACGUGAACACCUCCACGAGCACACUGUCAACUACGUCCAAGAUCAAUGGAAAUCCACCAUGGUUCCGGCGAUCAACGGAAUGGCGUCGACACACGCACGCAACGAAGGUCGUCGUGUCCAAGAGGACGUCUCCAUGCUCAUUCAAUCGGAAGUCAACCAGAUUCAAUAUGAAUGCGAGCAACGUCUACGCUCGGAAAUCCAAAAACUCAAAUUCGAGAUGCAAUCGAUCGUCAACCAGAAAACAGAGUCACUCCAACAGGAACAACGUGACUUUUUAGCACAGGAGCGACUCUUGCGUGAAGAAGACAGAAAGUAUCUCGAAGCAUUGAAAACCUCUGUCUUUAUGUCACUCAAAGACGCAAAGUUAGAACGUGAACAACUUGCAAAUCAAAUCAGCCUAUUCAUUAGAGAUAAGAAUGUAAUUGAUGAGAAUUCAUUGGAAAAACAAUCAAAUUCAUCAAAUGCUUUAUUGAAACAAAAUGAAGAGCUAUUGGCACAACUCGAAGUUAAUAGAAGAAAUAGAAUGAAAGAGAUUGAGGAUAACGAACAAAAGUUGAAGGAACAAAGAGAUCGUGUCGAGAAAGAGCAUCGUGAGAUGGAGAUUCUCAAUAAACAAUCUAGAGAGAAUGAAGAAAAGUUGCAUUUGGAGCAGUUGAAGCUUGAGAAUAUUCAAAAGAAGAAGGAGUAUGACGAGCGACAAAAGUUGAGAGAGGAGGAGCGUGUCCGUGAAGCCGCUGAUCUUCUUCAGAAACAACGUGAUGCCGAGAAGGAAAUGGAGAAGGAACGUGAAGCCAAGAACAAAGCAAAGGCAGAGCGUGAACGUGAGGAACGUGAACGUGAAGCAGAGGAGCGUGAACGUGAACAACGUCGUCGCGAUGAGUACGAGCGUAAGAGAAAAGAUGAAGAGGAGGAAUGGAAGAGAAAGGAGCGCGAGUACGAAGACGAGUUGCAACGUGAGAGAGAGCGCCAACGUGUACUACAGGAGGAACGUGAGUUGGAGAUGAAACGUUUGAUGCAAGUCGAAGUCGAGAAGCAAAAGGAAGCACAGGCACUCAUUGAGCGUGAGAAACUCAAGGCAAAGGAGUUGGAAGAUGAAUUGGCCAAGGAGGUUUCCAGACAGGAGAAAGAACGUUUGGAUUUAGAAGCACAAAAGGAAAGAGAGAUUGCAUACCACAAGCAAUUGUUGGCUGAGAAGACCGCUAAGCUCGAGGAACAGAUGGAACAAGAGAGAAAGAAACAAAAGGAAAGAGAACUCGAGAUCGAAAGAGAAAGGGAGUUGGAAAAGGAAAGAGAAAAAGAGAGAGCUCAAGAGAGAGAAAAAGAAAGAGAGAGAAAGGAAAGAGAGAGAGAAGAGAAAGAAAGAAAAGACAGAGAAAGAGAAAAAGAAGAACUCAGAUUGAAACAAGAGCAAGAGGUCAAGAGAGAGCAAGAGGAUCGUGAGCGUGAGCGUGAAAGGGAAAAAGAACGUGAACGUGAGCGUGCAAAGGAGAGAGAACGUGAGCAUGAAAAAGAAAAAGAACGUGAACGUGAGAGAGAAAGAGAAAGAGAAAAAGAGAAAGAACGUGAGCGUGAAAAGGAUAAAGAAAGAGAGCGCGAACGUGAAAAGGAAAGAGAACUUGAAAGAGAGCGUGAACGUGAAAAAGAAAGAGAACGUGAACGUGAGAGAGAAAGAGAAGAGAAAGAAGAAAGAGAAAGAAAGUUAAAGAGAGAUGACGAUGAUAAGAAACAAAAGGAACGUGAACGUGAAAAAGAAAAGGAGCGUGAACGUGAACGUGAGCGUGAGAAAGAAAGAGAAAGAGAAAAAGAAAAAGAACGUGAGCGUGAAAAAGAAAAGGAAAGAGAACGUGAGCGUGAACGUGAACGUGAAAGAGAGAAAGAGAAGGAACGUGAGCGUGAAAAAGAAAAAGAAAAGGAAGUCAAGCAAGAACAAAAACCAAAGUCAAGAGGAAGUCUUCCAACUGCUCCAAAGAAAGAAGAGGUCAAGAAGGAAGAACCAAAGAAGGAGGAACCAAAGAAAGAAACACCAAAGAAGGAAGAGCCAAAGAAAGAAGAACCAGAAAAGAAGGUUGUCUCCGUGUCAAACAAGAAGAUAUUCGAACAGGUCAAAGAGGAAGAGCCACAACCAGCCAAGAAACAAGCUCCACCACCAAAGAGAGACACCACUGAGAAUCCAGAUGUCGAGUGUGAUUUGUCCGAUCCAGCAUUGAGAGAUGCCUGGGAGGAUAUCAGAGAUGACACAACCUCUACCAACUGGAUGUUGAUUGGCUACGGUUCAAUGAAGAAAACCUUGUCACUCUAUGGUAAAGGUUCGAACGGUUUGAACGAACUCCUAAAGAGUCUCAAGGAGGAGGUAAUGUAUGGUUAUCUCCGUGUGCUCUAUGGUGAUUCCGAUCGUGCCAAAUUCGUGUUCAUCACAUACGUACCGGACUCCCUGUCCGGUAUUGCCAAAGCCAAGGCAAACAUGCACAAGCCACACGUCGACAAGUUCUUCAAGUACAAUCACACUCAGCUGCAAGUGAUGUCACGUGAUGAAAUCUCCGACACCAUCAUUGAGAACAAGUUGAAGGCUGCUGCCGGUGCCAACUACGGUAAGGGUACUUCGCCAGACGACACCGCCCGUACCGAGAACUUCAAGGGUAUCAAAGAGAAUGCCAAGAUGUUCUACAACACCACUGAGAGUUCCACUGCGAAGGGUGGCGGUGUUAGCAUCGUCUACAACAAAGGACCACUGGCCAAGACUACUCCUGUCAGUUUGACUGGACGUGCCGGUAUCACUGACAAGUACAUCAAAUCCGAUGUCAAAUCGACCGGUGCCGCUGAUGAUCGUGAUGACUACCGUAUUAAACCACGUGAGCGUGCCAACUCUACUACUUCCAACACCUCAACAGAGUCGACCAGCGAUGCUGAGCCAGAGACUGUUGUUGUCCAGCCAAAGGUGACCAGUAAGAAGUCCGCUGCCAACAAGGAAGUGGUGACCAAGCCAGCAGAGCCAGAGAAACCAUCGGAGCCAGAGAAACCAAAGUUGAAGCCAACCAUUAAGAACAAACCAGAGGUAAAGUCAGAGAGUGAGAGUGAAGAGGAGAGUGGUGCUCCAACUUCCAAUCGUUUCAGACAAAUGGCAAAGAACAAUGAAGCUCCACAAAACUUGGGUUCUGAAAAGUGUUUGGUUUGUUCAAAGACUGUCUAUAACACUGAGAGACUCUCUGCCGAUGGUAAAGUUUUCCACAAGGCAUGCUUCCGUUGUGGUGUUUGCAAUUGUCAAUUGAAGCUCGGUUCAUAUGCCAGUAUGGAGUCCAAGACCUUCUGUAAGCCUUGCUUCAAGAAGACAUUCUUGUCCAGAGGUAACUACGAUGAAGGUUUCGGUAAAUUGAAGCCACAACACCAAUUCGAGGCCAAAAAGGGUCAGAAAGCAGGUGGUGAUGACACCGAUGCCAAAGAGUUGGAUCGUCAAAGAGACCAAGAAAAGUUGAGACAGCAAGAGGAGCUCAGAGAAGAGAAAGAGAGAAGAGAGAGAAUGAAACAAUCAUCAAACACAACCACCUCAAAGAAACCAGCAAAAGUUGAAGAAUCUGAUAGUGAGGAUGAAAAUGAAAGAGAAAGAGAAAAAGAAAAAGAAAAGGAAAGAGAAAAAGAAAGAGAAAGAAGAGAAAGAGAGAAGGAAAAAGAAAAGGAGGAAGAAAGAGAAAGAGAGAAAGAAAGAGAAAGAGAAAGAAAGGAAAAAGACGAAAAGAAGAGAAGAGAAGACGAGAAAAAGAAGGAGGAAAAAGAAAGACAAGAAAAGGAGAAACGUGAAAAGGAACAAAAAGCCAAAGAUGAAGAAAGAGAAAAGAGACAACGUGAGAUCGAAAGAAUGGAGAAAGAGAAGGAACAAGAAAAGAAACAUUUAUCCAAGACUGAAGAGGUCGAAGUUAAGACUCCAGAUAGAUCAACAAAGUCCAGUGGUUCUGACUCUGGUGAUUCUUUCCUCUCUGAGUACCAAAAGAAGAAAGAAGCAUUGCUCAAGGGUUCAUCAUCGUCCAACUCAUCAUCACAAUCAUCGACCGGCAAGAAGAAAGAGUUCUCAUCCACUUUAUUCGACACAACCGCAGAAGAAGAUGAUCUAUUCAAUUAA